CAAUCGUUAGCCUAUCUAUCUCCUUCUGUCAUCUUAUAACUUAGUCGUGCCAACGGGUUCGCUGUGCCUUAUCACUAGUGUGUCGGUCUCGCGUGCGAUUGAUCUUUUGAUCCUAGAUCACAAAAUUAAUUGUCAAUUCCGUGAAACAUUCUGUAUUUCAAAUUAGCACUGUGCAUUCCAAUCGUUACUCGACAAACAGUUUGAUUGCGUUAUGAACUGAUAAAACGUAUAAAGCGGAAAAAAUAGUGAAAUUGUAACAGCGUAUUUUAGCUGACUUUUGUGACAAAUGCUUGUAGUAUGACGUCAAAUGCGAUUAGAGGCAUCAGAAGAAAGAAAAGUUCGCUAUGCGAAGUUAAGGUAGCAGUUAUAGGAGCUCCGGGAGUCGGCAAAAGCGCAUUGACAGUGAGAUUUCUGACAAGGAGAUACAUCGGGGAAUAUGAUCAUCAAUCAGAAACAAGAUACAAACAUGAGGUAUUAGUCGAUGGGGAACCGAUUCUUUUUGAAAUUUUAGAUACGUGUCCAAAGAGUGAAGAUGAGUUGCCGUCAAUGGAAACUUUACAAUGGGCGGAUGGCUUGUUGUUGGUCUAUUCAAUAACCGACAGAAACUCUUUUAAUUUUGUCAGAAAGGCAAAAGAGGCUCUCGCAGUAGCUGAUCCUGAAGCUGCGAUGCCUCUUGCCCUUGUUGGAAAUAAAGCUGAUAUGGUUCAUUUACGUCAAGUUAGUGCUGAGGAAGGAGAGAUACUAGCGAAGGAUUUCGAAUGCUGGUUUAGUGAAAUAACCGCAGCUGAGCAAGUUGCCCAGGUUGCGGAAUCUUUUCACGAAUUAUGUAGAGAAGUUCUCGCAGCGAGGAGAAGAAAUAAACAAUCCUUGCUGGAUAGAAUGCUCGGCGGUAAAGCGACACGUGCUUAUUCGCGAGGAAAAAGCGACUCUGCUUUACCGAAAGAUUAAUAUUAUUACUCGAAGCCUAUUAUAUUAUAUAAGAAAAAAGGAAUCCUUCAGAAUAAAAGAUCAAUACUGUUAACUGUGGAUAAUGUGAAAAAAAAGUAGUAAGAUAAUAGUAUAUAAUCGUUUUCCAAGCAGAACAAGUCAUGGUAACAUCAAAAUGACGUUAAAAUGAAUCGUUAUUAAUUAAAGAGCAAUUUUUGACAGUUUUGCAUGUCAUUUUGAUGUUGUGAUGAGCUGUAUUCUAUUUGGAGUUGUACAAUGGAUGAAAGGAAAGCGAAGCAACAAAUGCCAAAGAAAAUAUCAAUUUUUAAUACAAAAGUAAUUUAAGAUUCUAUCACACAGAUAAUACAGAUAUAUAAAUUAUUACAAUACAUCUUAAUAAAUCUGUAUAAAAAUUACUUAAAAGGAAUAACUUAUUCCUCAGAAUGUAAUAAGAGUUCAAU